UUGGAACCUGGAAGGGACUGAAGAUCAAUCUUCAUUCAUCUCUUAUCCACCAUGAAAGUGAUGAAGGCCAUGAAAAAACUCAAAUUCUGGUCCAGAAAGAAGAAAACGAAGAAGCCAUAUUUCGAUCAUAACCCCCCACCUCCUGAGAGGCAGCCGCCGCCGCCGCCGCCACCACCUCCUUGCCAUUGCUGUUACUCCGGGCAUCUAUUCCAGCCAUCAGCACCGCCACCGCCACUGCCACCAUGGAUGGAGCAAAACCAGACAAAUCAGGUCCUUCUUCCCUCUGAUCAGUUAGGCUAUUCUGAUCUGUUUCACAAUCAAGCUCAGGAAAUCGUAUCAUAUCAACAGUACAUGGUUCACGAACCAGUUUAUGGAGUGCCAAUAGAACCUCGAAAUACAAGAGAGAAAAACAUUGGAUUUCCGAGCUUCCUUAUCAACUUUGGCAAGUAUAUUUUUCAGUGCUUCUGCCCUUGUGUUAACAAUCGAGAAAUCCAUUGACAUUUUUCUUUUUGUACCAUAAAAUAUAGUGAAUGAUUAAAUUGUCUCUCUAUUAAUUCCAAAAUUGAUUGUCACUACACCAAUAAAUAAUUCACAAAAAAGAAGACAGUUAUUUGCCUUCAAAUGCGGAGUGUGUUCUAUCUUCUCGGGCUCUGCAUGCUUCAAAUUGAGGUGAUAACUGUUUUGAAUUAGAAUGAAUGAAUUUCCCCUUUUGAGUGGUGUUUACAAGUAAAGGGAUGCGGCGAAAACGAUAUCCCUUUUGAUUUUGGAAACAGCUUCUUCAAAUUUUGACUCGAGCUCCUUUUC